AUGGCCUUGUUUGUGAUUAGCCGAUCCCGAGGGAAAACAGGCUGUCCAGCCCCUGCUGCCCUUAGCGUUUCCUGUGGCUGUGUUCCGCAGGAGGGUGGGCCGCGGGGCGGGGGAGACGAGUUUGCACCCGAGGAUGACUCGCCUGCAUGCCGCUGUGCCCCCUGCACCGCUCCCCAAGCAGCAAAGGAGGGGACCUGGGCUGUUCCUUUCAGGGCCACCCGGUCCCUGAACGACGGGGGAACACCCGCUCCCUCUGCCAAGUGGGCAGUGUUUAGGCUGCGCCUGGCGGGGAGAGUUGGUUGA